AUGAAUGGUUCGAACAAUUAUAGACAAUCUCAGGAAGAUUGGCAUUCUUCCGAAUUUCGACAACAUGUUAUCAACCAGAUUAUGGAAGCAAUGAGAAAUUCUUGUAAUCCAACAACCAAGUCAGCUCGCGAGAUGGAAGCGCAUAUUUUUGGUAAUGCUGACUGUAAGGAACGCUAUCUGAACUUAGUAGCAAGGCUUAUUUUACACAUGAAAGACAACCGCAAAUCAGAUGGACCAGGCACUAGGCGCACAUCGCAAACUGCUCCAAUGCUAUCCCAGGCUUUUGCCCAGAAUCAAUGUAAUCCGACCGGUAAUCAAACUGUGCCUCCAGUAUCAAGACCGAAUAUUCAAGCUAGUGUUGGUGGUGGUGCAAAUGUAAAUAACCCACCCGCUUUAUUAACUUCGGCUUUACUAUCAAGUAGCAGUAAUGGCCCUCAGCCGCCUACUAGUAUUUCUUCUCAAGGUCAAGGACUAGGAUAUAGUCAAGUUAGUAUUGCUUCAGCAAACGCGUACUGCCAACAAGGACAAGGCACGAACCAAUCACAGUACCCCCAUCAGGUGCAACCAAACCCAUCACCUUGUUCGCAGACUGUUGCAUUUCCGAAUCCAUCUCCUUAUUCGCAACAACCGAUUAUGAAAUCUCCUCAUAGUAGUCAACCAUCACAGUCUCCUUAUGCAUUACAGCAACCGAUUAAAUCUCCUCAUAGUAAUCAAUCAGCUCAGUUUGCUUAUGUGCAGCAACCAAUUAAAUCUCCACAUACUCAGCCACAGGUUGGCCCAUCGGCUUAUGUCCAACAACAAGCUAUACGGUCUCCACAUCCUUCUCCUCAGGUUAAUUCUGGUAAAGGGCAUCAUUCUCAAGCUCAUCAACAAAUAAUUAAAUCUCCGCUUACUACCGGUCAUCCUGCAAAUUCUUACCAACAGCAACAACCGAGUUUAAAAUCUCCUGCUCACCCUCAAUCAGUAAUUAAUAAUAGGUCUCCUUAUCCAGCGCAAAAUAUCAAAUCUCCGGUUCAGCAACCGCCAAUGUUAAAUAAUAGGUCUCCGUAUCCACAGCCUUCUAUUAAAUCUCCGUACCCCCAGUCGCAACCUCAACAGCAACAAUCAUCAAAAUCCCCUUUCUAUCCGCAGAUAGUACAAGCACCAACUAAAUCUCCGCUAUUAGCGCCAUCUCCCGUAACGAAUGUUACUACGCCUAACUCUGUUACAGUUUCUCAGUCACCCGCUACUAAUGCUAAUCCUGGAUCAGUUGGAUCUGUUGGAGGUUCGGUACCAGCUUCGAGUCCUUUACAAUCGGUAAAUCCCAGUGAUGAUGCAGCGUACAUGGAAAAGCUCAGAGAUCUCACAAAAUAUAUCGCACCGCUACGAAGAUUAAUUGACCGAACCACGAAAGAGGGGCGAAAAAAGGAGAUACAUAAGAUGAAAAGUCUCUUAGAAAUCUUGGCUAAUCCCCAGAAGAGGGUGCCUCUAGCAACUCUUACAAAAUGCGAAAGUGUCUUAGAAAAACUUCAAGCUUCUUUUUCUCCCCAGUCUCAACCGCCGUCAGUAGCUAUAGGAACUACUACUAAUGGUAUAGCAGCCACAAAUACUAACGGAGUGACGUCUAUUGCAACUACAACAUCAAAUUCUUCAUCUAAUACAAUUGUUAGCACUACUUCCGUGGGGUCUGCACCUGUAACUACCUCAUCUGGACUUGCUCCAUCACAGGAUGUAUGUAAACCUCUGAUUGAUAUCAUUGCUGCAAAUCUAAAUUCUCCAGCGCUAGCAUAUGCACUUCAACAAACUUGUGGACCUGCAUUCACAACUAUGAGAGGCCCGAUGACACCACUCACUGAACAGACAGUCAAACGGAAGAGAAUUAAAUAUUCUGAUAGUAAAAUGCGAAGUGAACAAGAGAACGUAAUAGAGACUGAAAUGACUGAAUUGGAUGAUUUAUUUGUCAUCGAAAAGAAUGUCCAUCCAUUAAUGGACAGCGAAUCUUUUCUAUUAAAAUGCUCUAUAGAUGAUGCCAGCUUACCGCCAGUACCAUCAAUUUAUGUGAUUAUUCCGGAAGACUAUCCAUAUAGCUCCGCUCAGUGUCAAACCACAACAGUAGAAUAUAGAGCAAAUCCUUUCUUUGUAACAAUCAUAGAAGAUCUCAGUUCAAGAUUAUUGAAGAUGCCAAGAGUAACAUUGACUGGAAUAUUAAAUGCAUGGGUAAUAAAAUUAAGUAUUCUCAAAGCUUACUCGAAAGACGAGCAUGAAUUUGAAAACCUACAUCAGCAAAAUUCCUUUAUACCCGAAAGUAUCUCCUCAGGCCUUGCGUAA